CUAUUGUCUUCUUUAAACUGAAUUUUGUCUAACUAAUUUUUGUCUAGUACAUCUGUCAAGCAAGCCAGAGUUUAUCUUCUUGACACCAUGCAUUUUGAGGAUGCAAUUGGACUCAAGUGGAAAAGGCAAUGCUAGCUCUAGGCAGCAGAUUGCAAGUGCCUUAGAGCAAAAGUAUGGUGUCUCUACUUUCAGUGGAGGAAGUGGAGAACAUGGAUUGAGGGAUCUAGUUUGGAACACCAUGUUUGAGAAGGAUAUGAGAAAACGUAUUUAGGGUAUUGACUCCUCAGAUGUUGUUCUCCAGGUCCUAAAAAUGUAAUGUGCUGCCUCUUUAUGGCUUCUUCUGUUGCAUUAUUCAUGAAAAUUUGUGUUUCUAUGCCCUUGAAUGUUGAAGAGAUAAAUGUGCCCAUCACUA